GUCAGACUAUGAGACAGUUCUCACAGAACUCUCACCACCCAGUUCAACAUGUGGACACUUAUACUCGUCUUGUCCAGUCUAUUCCCAGCUGGAACUGCUGCUGUAACUACAGUAACUGGAUACAAGGGCCGUUCAGUUCAGAUCAGAUGCCCCUAUAAGUCUGGAUAUGAAACCCACAUGAAGUACCUCUGCAGAGGAGAGUGUUAUACUUUCUGGACUAAGAACAUCCCUGUUGAUUCUAAAUCUGCUAAAGACAAGAGAUUCUCUCUGAAUGAUGACACAGCAGCCAGAGUCUUCACUGUUACCAUCACUGAUCUGAGAUCUGAGGAUGGAGGAAAAUACUGGUGUACGACAGAGCAGAAAGUGCGUGAUCACUACACAGAGAUUCUGUUAGUGGUUAAAGUGGACACACCUAUGAAUGUUAUUGUCUCACACUCCACCUACACCCCUCCAACACCUGAUCCCAGCACAUCGGUGUAUACUGAGUCCACAUGGUCAACUGGAGCUCACACAGUAAAUGGCACUAACCUCCAAACCAACAGUCCCUCACUCCAUGGAUCCUUCAUUCCCUUAUUUGUGGUUUUGGUCAUAAUAACAAUCAUUCUUAUGGUGUGUGUAAUAAUGCUGGGAAAGCUAAAGAAAAAGAAGAAGACAUCAAAAGCCUCACCCCAAACCCAGUGUCUGCAUGACUCCUUUCACAGCCAUGGGGUUCCACUUUCUGUCUGUGAUAGUGAGGAGAUUAAAGACACCAGAAGUCAUUCUGUCUCAGAUGCUGGAGCUCCUACAGCCUACUCUACUGUCAAUCUACCCACAAACCCCUGUGAUUCCUCCCAAACUGUUUAUGCCAACACCCAUAUAUCCACAAACCCCUGUAAUUUUUCAUAUGCUGUUUCUGCUACUGCUCCACUACCAUCAAGCUCUCCUGAUCAGGACACUUAUUGUAUGGCUCAAUUACCCAAUGCCAUAAUAAUAUUCCAUAAUAUGGGAGAAUUAUAGGAAAAGGCUCUGCCCCUGCAGUAAAUUCUUAUUCUGCAGCUUGUUUAUGCACUUCUUGGUACAACCAGAUAGUGAGGCAUUACAGUAGUCCAAUCUAGAAGUGAUGACUGCAUGGACUAGGUUCUCUGCAUCAUGUGAAGACAGUAUGCUCCGAAUCUUUGCAGAUACCUCAUGUUUGAAUGUUUUCCAGGCCCGCUCAAUAUGCUGUUCAUUUAUGACCAGUAGAAAGAUCUGCUUUUCCCCAGUCACAGAACAGGUCUUCUAGAAUUAUUAUUGAUCUCUAAGCCUCCAAAAACUCAUGUUCUCCUCCUCCAGGUGUUGCCAAAAUCACCUCUGGCAUGCUAUUCUGGAUGAAAAUCAAUUUAGAAUUCAUGAAUCUGUUUCAAAGUAAUAGCAUGAUGAGAGCAUUGUAUAUUACCACUAUGUUAGGUGACCACUGGCAAACUACGGUAAAGAGUAAAGUGUCAUAAAUAGACCACGUGAACAAUCUGUAGCCUCUGUGUGACAGCCAGAGUGUAUUAAUGUAGGUGGGGGCAGUGGUGGUUCAGUGG